AAACAGGAAGUUUUAGAGUUCGCUGCUGCGAGCUAGGUGGCUAGCUAGGUGGCUAGCUAGCGACGGACACACGGAAACGGCGAUGAUUUAACAAAUGUUUGGAUCUUGUGGGAACCUGUCAGCGCUGCGGGGAGCUCCGGACCUGCUGGGGUGUAGCUCCUAAGUAGCUGGUCACAUAGCACCAUAACAUGAAGUUAUGGAGGAGCGAAAGCUGAAGAGAAAGAGUCCCAGGACCUCCACCAACGCGGCGGCUCCGACCAGCGGCUCUGGCCGAAAAAACAGCGCUACGUCUGGGGGACGACACGUCAGCUACAGCCACAACAUGGGGACCCACUCCAGCCAGAAGAGCAAAGGCAGGAGGGGAGCCAGAGAUAAACCCAGACCUCAGCAAGGUUUGGGUGGCAAAGCGAAUCAGAACCAGGGCCAGGCAGCACCGAUCAUCCAGCACUCCUUCCUGACCGACGUGUCAGAUGUGCAGGAGAUGGAGAACGGCCUCCUGGGACUCCUCAACGACUUCCACUCAGGGAAACUGCAGGCAUUCGGUAACGAGUGCUCCAUUGGACAGAUGGAGCAUGUGAGAGAGAUGCAGGAGAAGCUGGCUCGCCUCCACUUUGACCUGUACGGGGAGGUGGACGACAUGCCGGAGGACCAGAGGAAGACGGCCUGUGACACCAACAUGGACAAGCUGCUCCUCAAUCUCGAGGAGCUCAGUUCUUCUAUCCAGAAGCUGAACCUGGCUGACACUCAGGAGAUCCCCAGGACUGCCAGCAUGUGAUGUCCUCUUCUCCUCAUGAUGCCGUCUGAUCCAACAACCUUUCUGUGCCGCCUGGAGAGGCUCUAGUGGAUAGGGUGGAGUGUAAGCCAGCUGUAGACUCCUUUUCUUUCAAGUGUUUUGACAGAAGUGGCAGCAGAGCAGUUCACCAGCGCUCCCUGUCUCUGCAGGCGACGGACGGAUGUGUUGUAAGACGGCCUGCAGGGAUGCAGCCACAGCACUGUUUCUUUAACCAGUUAACAUAGAGCUCUGAUCUGAUCUGAUGCAGGGGGCAGUAGUGAGCUUACCGAGCUGUUUGAGGCUCAUCACCUCUUGGACAAACCAGAUGCAGCGAUUUGUCUCUCUGGUGUCCCAGAGCUCUGGGCUCAGAGGGAGGUGUGGAGCUCUGGGGCGUCAGUGAGCGAGCUGCAGCAUCGUGUGUUCACAGCCUGGCUGUGCUGCAUCCCUGUCAGGACCUGGUUCACAUCGAGCUGGGGUUGGAGCUCCAGGUCCCAGUCUAGAUCUGCAAUACAUGGCUAACCAAAGUGAUCGAUAGAAACGACUGCAAACUGCUGCUUACGUGUGUCUUGCAUCACAAACUAAAGAUCUGGAGCUCAGCUUUUCAGAACAUUCAUAGAAAAAUCUAUUUAUAAUUGUUUCUCCACAUAGAGCUUUAAUUAGGAGUGUAGAUCUGAGAUAAUAAAUAUAUAUAUCACCUGAGUAGAAAUGUUGAUGCACACUGACUGCUGCCCACAGAGUGUGUGUGGGUUUGUGUGCAGCCUGACAGGCCUCCAGCACAUAUCCAGCCCCUAACCCUGCAACACACCGCACACACACCGCACAUGCUCACUGGGGUGUCGGGCUGCCGCUGGGACAGACUGAACAGUCCAAAUGUUGACAUGACAACCAUGCCUUAAUAUUUAAUUUGAUGAUUUUCGCCUUAUUGGUUGUAAACGUUGAGGUGAUGUCCAGCGUUUGUGAUGAUUUUAGGUUGUGGAGUUGUAAGAUAAUCACUUGAUGCUGCUGUGACUGUAAAUCCACUUUGAUUUGUCACUUUAUUGUUACUCUAACCGUGUUGUUGGGGGAUGUCGGGUGGUACACUGUUUGUCUUGUUGUUUUAACCUAAUGUGCUCGUCUGGCUUUCUGGGGUACAGUUUCUAAACCGUUGUAAAGGAAGCUGGCAAAGGCCUGAGGUUGGAGAGGAGAGCGUGGCCGAGUAAUAAGGGGGGAAACAAAUAAACCUGGGUAUUGACCUGA